AUGCUUGCCUGUCCCGCCGUAUACGUCGACGCCUGCCCUUCUCGAAGCCACAAUGCAGAACAAAGGACCCGGGGCCAAUCGGCUGAGCAUGCUGUCUGCGCAAAGACUACAGAAGCAAUGACCGAGACGUUCAAGAGUCUGGCUAAUUCAAUGCGCUAUUGUCUCCACGAAGAUUCUGGACAAGCUGGCAGUCUAUUGGACCUAUUCGUUCCUGUCGCUACCCGUCUAGACCCUUCACCUCCAUCUUAUGCCGAUUCCGCCUCUGAUCUCCCCCCAGACUACACCUCAACAGAUGCUGCUGCCGCUGCCAAGACUGUGGAAAGCAGAUGGUGUCUGGAAUCUUGCCCAUCGCCUGCACCGCCGGCAUACCAACCCACAGGUCCUCUGUACAUCCCAUCGCCUCUUCCAAUUGCCUGCCCCAGACCGUGUCUAGACUCAAAAUCUCUUGAUGGUGUUCGUAUGCACGGCAAGAAGAAGAAGAAACCCGCAGCUACUGGCGAGUGGCCCGGUGAUAACAAUAAGACGAACAACGGGGCCGAUGGCGGCGAGAAGGACGAGAAUGCUGAUGGCGACAAGCCCGCAGACUCUGCCGGCGCUGGUGGAGGCAAUGACGGCAAUGGCGGGAAUGACAACAAUGGCGGCGGUGACGAUGACGAAUGGGGUAAUGAGUGGUCCAGUGGUAACAAGAAGAAGAAGAAAGGCAAGAACAAGAAACCCGACGAGGAGGAGGAGAAGCGAAAGAAAGAGGAAGAAGAGCAGAAGAAACGCGAUGAAGAGUCCCACAAGAAGGCUGAAGAAGAGGCCAAGCGCGUAGCCGAUGAGGCUGCUGCUGCUCCUGCUGCUACUGCUGCUACAACAAUAGACAAUGAUGGCUGGGCUGAGACGAAUGGCGACGAGCCCUGGGGUUUUACGACUACGACAUCAAAGAAGAAAAAGAAGAAAGGCAAGACCGAGCCAGCUGCAGUUCCUCCUCCCCCCAACGACGAGACGUCAGUGAACAAAUUCGAGGAAGUAUCUCUCGACGAUCCACCCCAGGUCGACCUUAACCUUGGCGAACUCACGAGCGGCGACGCAAGUGGAGGCGGAGGCUGGGCCACGAAUUGGGACACCCCCUGGACCUUUGACCCAAAGGAUGAGCAAAAGCAAGCGGACGCUAGUCCUUGGAAUUUCUCUCGUAUUGAUAGCACCAAGACUAAAGACAAGGAUGAGCAGACGAACACUUCGUUUGGUUUCAGCUUAGAUCUUGGCGACGUAGGUUCUUCUGCUGCGCCGGAGAAAUCGAAAGAAGAUAAGAAUGCUGGUGAAGAGGGUUGGGACUUCAACUGGGAUACUACCUCAGGCAACAACAAGAAAAAAGAAAAGAAGAAAGGAGCUGCAUCCAAGGCUACCGACAAUGCGCCCACUGAGCCUGAAAAUGCCCAAGUCAGUACAGAGGAACCCGAAGAUGACAUUUGGUCCUCAUGGGGUCCUGUAGGUACAAAAGCUGACAAGUCCAAGAAGAAAAAGGCCAUUAACGCCAUCGAUGAAGCUAACCAAGAGCCUGAGCCAACUCCACACCCUUCCCUGCCAGAACCCGACGCCAAAGCCAAUGACUCUCUCGGUUUCACGGUAUCAACGAGCGGCAAGAAGAAGGGCAAGAAGAACAAAAAGGACGAGUCUGCACCACCUCCACAGGAACCAAUUCCUCCACCUGAGCCUGAACCGGUGCCCGAGCCCGAGCCCGAACCAGACUCUGUUGCCAAUGGGGAAACGACGCCAGCAGAUGACAUUUGGGCAAGCAACACUUGGGGCGUGACAGUCAAGGACAAGAAGAAGCUCAAAAAGGCAGGCAAGCUCGGCAAGGACCCGGAACCUAUCAAAGAGGAUAAGCCAGUCACUGAAGACCUAGUCGACGACAAACAGCCAGACGACUGGACAGACGUGUGGGGUGCUGCCAAGCUCAACAAGAAGAAUGACGAGACUGAUCUGACGCCAGCCCAUGAUUCCUGGACAUCGACCACGAUCGGGGGGAAAAAGGGCAAAAAAGGCAAGAAGGGUGCGGUUGAGCCUGUCCACGAACCGAUCUCGAAACCACAACCGAAGCGAAACGAAUUUGCGCCGUCUGAAGAUUGGCCAGAAUGGGGGUCCAGCAACGACAACAAGAGCCAGCAAGACGCACCUCCCGCAACUCUGGAUGUUUCAGGAGAGGAAAAGGGUUCUUCAUGGUCAUUUGGGUCCAUGAUAUUCGGAAAGAAGACCAAAGCUAUCGAGUCUGGAGUUGGAGAUGUGACAGUACAACAGGCCGAUGGCGUGGAAGAACCAAGAGGUGAUGCCGACGGGGACUGGUCUUGGGCUUCAAGUACAAAGUCCAAGAAGAUGAAGCCAGAGAAGACAGUUGCCGAAGAAAUCACGGACGGUGCCGAAGCUAGCACUCCCAUUCAGCAACCUGACAAAAUCGAGACAGAUUCGAAUGGUCCAGACGAGACUUGGGGCUGGGGAGGUUCUGCCACUCGAACCAAGAAGAAAGGCAAGAAAAGCGGAUUAGAUAGCUCUGUACCUGCCGCAUCCAAGCCAGCCGAUGACAAGGAGACCUUGUCGAUCGAGCCUGCUCCUGAAGACCCUGCCCCUGUCGAAGACGAUCCCUGGACAAACCUCACGGCGGCCAAGCCCAAGAAAGGCUCUAAGAAGACUGCCGGGAAGAUGGAACCUACCGUAGUAGAGAAGUCAGAUGACAUUGUCGCCAUUGUCGAUGAGUCCAAGCCGGAACCUGCGGAAGAAAAGUCAGCAGCAGCAAAAGAUGCGUUGGGGACGAAGGCCACCAAGAAGGAAACGCCCAGAGAGAAGAAGGCCAGGGAAGCAAAGGAGAAGAGAGAAGAAGAGAAGCGCAAAGAAGAAGAGAAGAAGGAGAAGUCGAAGAAGGCCAAGGAAGAGAAGGCACGGAUAGCCAAAGAAGAAAAAGAGCGCCAAGAGCAAGAAGAUCUUGAGCGUGAGAAGGAAGAGGAAGCGAACCGGAUAGCCAAAGAAGAAGAAGAGAAAGCCAAAAAAGAGAAAGAAGCUGCUGCCAAAGCCAAGGAAGAGGCAGAAGCUGCAGCCGCGGCUGAAAAGGCCAAGGAGGAAGAGGAGGCAAAGACGAAAGUCGAAGAAGCCCCGAGCUGGGGAUUCUCUACCAAGCCCAAGAAAGGUAAGAAAGCUAGAGAGGAGGCCGAGCGUAAGGCGAAGGAGGAGGCAGAGCGUAAAGCCGAGGAAGAAAAAGCCAAGGCGGAAGAAAAAGCCAAGGCGGCAGAAGAAGCCAAAGCAGAGGAAGAGGCCCAAGCAGCAGCAGCAGCAGCAAAGGCAAAGGAAGAGGAAGAAGCCAAGAAGAAAGCCGACGAAGAUGCCUUGUUCGGCCAUUCUAACAAAUCUGCCACAAAGAAGGGCAAGAAGAACAAGGGACCUGCUAAAGCUGUCGAGCUCACGCCCGAACCGCCACUACCGUCGCCUCCCCCAGCAGAACCAGAGGCCCUGAUUGACAUCGCGGAAGACAAGCCUGCAGCGAAAGAGGGUGGCUGGGGCGUGGGGGCAUUUUGGGGGGUUAGCCUGAAGAAGACACAGAAAGUUGGGGAACUCAAGGAGAUCGACAAGGCUGUCCAAGAAGAGUCGUUUGUGGAUGACCCUCCUCUAGAAGAGACGGCGACCGGCUCGAAGUCUGAUGAUGUCGAUCCACCUCCACCAGCCGAAGAGGCGCCUGCAGAGAAAGUCCCUUCAAAGUCUAAAAAGCUUUCGGCGGCAGAAAAAGCCAAGGCCGAGAAGGAAGCGAAGAAGAAGGAGAAGGAGGAGGAGAAGGAGGCAAAGAAGAGAGAGAAAGAAGAGGCGAAGAAAGCGAAAGAAGCAAAAGAAGCAGAAGAAGCAGAGGCGGCUGCUGCUGCUGCUGCCGCCGCCGCCGCCGCCGAUGCUGCCGCUGCCGCUGCGAUCGAAGAGCCUCCGCCAGUGGAGCCUCCAGCCAUUGAAGUUGUAGAAGCAACUCCCAAGAAGUCCUCCAAGAAGACGGAAAAAUCGUCAAAGGCCACGUCAAAGUCCAAGAAGAAACACGUCGAGCCAGAGGUUGUCGUUCCUGAAUCCGAACCCGAUCCGGAGCCCGAGCCUGAGCCUGAACCUGAGCCUGAGAUUCCCAAAAUAUCUACACCCAUCCCGGGCGGCUUUCCCGAAGAUGACGACUUUGUGGAGAUUGUCGAGGAACCCCCCAAGGAAGAGAAGCCGAAAAAGACGUCCAAGGCUGAGAAAUCUGACAGGAAACUAAAGAAAUCUGCAAAGUCGUCCAAAUUGUCGGCCGACAUUGCGGCGUCGCCCCCUCCUCCUCCACCGCCGCCAGCCCCUGUCGAGCCUGUCGAGCCUGUCGUGGAGCCUGCCGAAGAGCUUGUCGAAGAGCCCGUCGACGAUGUCGCGCCAGCCCAGCCGCCAACACCACCGCCUGAGCCCGAGGUCAAAGAUGAAUCGGCAAAGAAGGAGCGUGCGAAAGUGGUUCGGGACAAAGGCGCAGCUUCGUCUUGGGGAUUCUGGGGGUCAUCCGGCGCGGCGGCGGCGGCGGCAACACCGGCUGGCAAGAAGAAGGCCAAGGAUGACAGCGCUGUCUCUAGCAAGGCGAAAUCGUCUUCUGGCCUGCAGCGAUCCAAGUCAGUCAGAGCGGCGUCGAGUAAACAUACGGAUGGGGAGAAGUCGUCAAAGGACUCGGCGUCUGACCAGGCAGCCAAGACACGAUCCUCUAAGCCGCGCGCGUCACGUGGCUCGUCGAGCUUCUCCAUGUUCAGCCCCGCUCCUGUCAUUCCGUCGCGCACCCGUUCCACCAGACAGACUGCAACACCCAGAACACAAUCACGACGCACAUCUGUCGACCGAGACGCCGGAAUGCUGUCUCCGCCUCCAUCUGAUGCCGAUGCCGCAAAGAUAUCGUCCAAGGCCGCGAAACUGAUGGGAAUGAAGGCCGCCACGUCGAAGCGCAAGUCAGCUAGCGUUCCAAAGGGCAAGAGAGCCGUUCCGGAUCCUUAUGCGAUCUCUGAUGAUGACAUGAUCAUGGUCGAUGCUGACCCUGGAACGCCUACGCCGCGCAACAGAAGAUCCAAACGCGACUCGAAGAUGGAGUCUGCGCCGCCCCCACCGGGAGAAGCGAACUUGAUGGACUUUGAAGCAUCUGCGCCAAACGACGCUGCGGCCUUUGAAACUCCAGCCUCGAGGGCGCCACCAAUGCGUCGCAGUCAGUCGACCGCCAAGAAGUCGACGGGCGGAGGUCUGCUAGGUAUGUUUGGACUUUCUUCGAAGAAGCAAGUAGUAGAGCCAGCAAUAGAUGAUCGCUUCGAUCGUAGACGAGGCUACGAGACCGACGGAGUGGUCUCGUCAUCUCGUCGGAAGCGUUCUACUGUACCCGAGGAUACGGACGAUCCGAAACGUGCAUCGCGUCGUGAGAGCACUCGGCAGACUCAUCGUCGCAGGCCGUCGGAUACGGACGGCGCGGUAACUGAUGCCAUGCCCGGCGCAGCUACCGAUGUUGACGAAGAUGCACGCCGAGCUGAGCGCCGAGCGGCCAGAAGGGCCGAGAAAGAGGCCCGUGCAGCAAAACCUCUGGAGGCUGAAGACCGCGCAGCACGACGUCGUGACCGCGAGCGGGAAAAAAUCCGAGCGGUAGAAGGGGAUCGCAAACGUGCCAAAGAUUCACGCGAUCGUCGUAUGCGGGAGGAUGCCGAGGCCGAUGCGCAGAGACAGGAAGACAAGCGUCAGCGCCGUCGGGAGCGUGAGGAGCGGCGCGCUGCCGAAGAGCAGCGUGACCGGGAGCUGAAAGAAAGCGAGGAACGUGCCAAAGAGGAUGAGAAGCUGCGUGAGAAGGAAGAGCGGAGGGCUGCCCGUCGACGCGAGCGUGAGCGUGAGAGUGCGGCCGCAGCUCUUGCAGGCGUUGAUGCAUCUGCAUAUGAGCGAGACCGUCCGAGGCAUUCCGAACGCCGUAGAAGCCACAUGGAUGAUGAUCCUGUCCGCCGCCUCCGCCAUGAAGAUCGGAAAAUGCGACGAGUCUCCGAGAUGGACACCGAACGUCGGUCCAAGCAUCGAAGCUCCCGCGCGCCUCCUGCUGACGCGGUUAUUGACGACUAUUUUGACGCCCGCAAUGGCGGCACUGCCUCGCGCAAAGCGCCAGCCGAGACUCCGUACCUUUCCACCGGAAACGACAAGACUUCUUCGUGGGUCCAUAGCAUCACCACCGAGCCACCACUGCCACCGCCCGAGACUGCCACAGUCAUUGACGCACCGCCUGGAAAGGACCAUCCUGAUGGCGAGGACGGUGAGGCAACUGACCCGGAGGAGAUUCGGCGUCGUGCGAGACGCGAUCGUCGCCGUGCGGAGCGAAACGACCGCGAACGCGAGAGAAGCGGCAAGGAGAGAGAGCUGCCUCGCGAACGGGAGCGAGAUCGCGGCGACCGGGACCGAAAGAGCGAGAGACGUCGCAGCACCUACGAUACCGUCCAGCGCAGCAGUGACGGAAGCCAUGGCGACGACCGCAAGCGACGCAGCCAUGCGUAUCCCGUCGAGCCUCCUGCGCCGAUCGCAGGGGGCAAGAAGACGAGCUGGUUCAAGAAGUUUGGCAUUUGA